CCGACACCGACUCACAGUACAGUUGUGACCGUACAAUCGAUCUCACUACACGUCAACAUGUCUAAAGAUAACCUCACCGCGCUUCUAUACAAACCAAAGGAUCUUAAAUUGGUACAAACACCUAUACCAGAAAUAUCAGACGAUGAGGUUCUGCUGCGAAUGGACUGCGUUGGAAUCUGCGGCUCUGAUGUUCACUACUGGCAAACCGGUCACUGCGGACACUUCGUCCUCAAAGAGCCCAUGAUCAUGGGGCACGAGGCUUCCGGAGUAGUUGCAAAACUCGGCUCUAAAGUGAAGAGUUUGAAGGUGGGCGAUCGGGUAGCAAUUGAGCCUGGCGUCCCGUGUCGGUACUGCGAGUUCUGCAAGACGGGACGCUACCACCUUUGUCCGGACAUCAUCUUCUGCGCUACGCCGCCGGUACACGGGAACCUCGUCAGAUAUUACAAGCAUGCCGCAGACUUCUGUUACAAACUCCCCGAUCAUGUUACUAUGGAAGAAGGCGCUCUUCUGGAGCCCUUGUCAGUUGGAGUCCACGCUUGCCGCCGUGGAAAAGUGACUGCUGGAGACAACGUACUGGUACUCGGUGCCGGUCCAAUAGGACUCAUGAUAUUAUUAACUGCCAAAGCUAUGGGUGCUAGCAAAGUUCUCAUUACAGAUGUUCUUCAGUCACGGUUAGACUUCGCAAAGAAGAUGGGCGCCGACGCAACCCUCCUGGUCAAACAGGACUCCAACGAGGCUGACCUAGUGAAGAAAGUGCACGAGUUGCUUGGAAAUCACCCUGAUGUUUCUGUUGACGCGUGCGGUGUAUCGGCCACCACUCGAUUGUCUUUACUGGCGACCAAGUCUGGUGGUACGGUUGUAAUAGUUGGUAUGGGAGCAUCAGAAUUGACUCUACCACUGGCAGCGGCGGUCGCCAGGGAAGUCGACAUCAAGGGUAUCUUCAGAUACGUCAACGAGUACCCGAUCGCGCUGUCCAUGGUGGCGACUGGUCAAGUGAACGUGAAACCACUGGUGAGCCACCACUUCGACAUAGAGGAGACCUUAGAAGCGUACGAGAUCGCCCGCCGGGGUACAGGGAUCAAAGUCAUGAUUCACGUUCAACCCAGAGACGCUAACAACCCGAAUAAGUUCUAGUGAUUUGCUAUAGUAAAGUUCCAACUCAAAUAUCAAAUUAUAGAUAACCUUUUUUAACAUUAUGGAAUGUAAUGUAUAAAAAAAUAUACUAAGAGACUAAGGCCCAAUUUCACCAAAGAAAAUAAUCGCGUUUACUUCGAACUGAACUCAGUUCAAACGUUUAAACGAGUGUGAAACUUCAUUUUGCAUUUCACCGCUACAAUAUGAACUUAGUUUUCGCUAAGUUUUCUGAAGCCCGAUUUCCUGCGGAUAAUUUGAAAACCUUAAACGAUUUAAAGCAGCUGUCACUUGUCAAAUAGUCAUCAAUCAAAUUUUUGACAAUAAAUUAUCGAGAAUAACUAUAAAAAAAUCUUCAAUAAAGGUAAAAUAUUACCGUGUUUAUAGCUGAAGGUUAUUGCUAUAUAUUUUAUAGUUAACAGUACUUAUUACGUACUUACGUAUAGUUAUCACAUGAUUGAAUUUCAAAUAUUUCUUAAAACUAUUUUAGUUAAAUUACCCAUUGCAUCAAAUAUUAUUUUAUGAGCGUGUAACACUGUAAACGAAUGAAAAUCUAAACUUG